GGGCGUUUGUUCAGUAGCUGCAACAAUUGUCGUUGGCAAUGUCGGCUUUCUAGAUCCAGAACUGCAGCAUUAAGGGACACUCCAUCUCGAUGAUAAGUUAGCACUAGAAAAUAGCUCUUUUAUCCCGAUAAUUGCAACAUUAGCUAUGUACGUAAUUGAGAAAGCUGACAUCAGCGUCUAGUCCCCGGUACCACUGGGCAUAAGGCGACUUGCACCAUUCCCCACAGAGUCCCACACAAUUAGGAGAUUAAAAUUGCCUUAUGCACUAGCUAUCCAUAAUGGAGAUACCAAUUUCGAAUAUACUACUGCUGUGCUUGACCUUCCUGCUUAUUGGCGGGGUACUAAUGAUUCUUCUGCAGUACUUGCUUUUCAUUAAAUUCUCUAACCUUCCCGACGAAACCGAGGAGCAGAAGCAGAUGAAUGCCAAAUACUCGUUGCCACUGAACAUUAAGCAAACAGCACGAAAGCUGAAGGGACUGCCCAAUAUCAGCCCUGGGCCCGGCAAUGGGUGCGAAAAUCGGCAGAACACUCUGGAAGGAGCUUCGGCCCUCAUAUCGCUUAACUUUGUAAUGCAGUUCCUCUUUCAUGAGUUCAGAAACUCUAACCGGGUGCGCAAGUGGUUCUACCGGAAACUGUCGAUCGAACUGGACGAGUUAAUAACAAAAACGACUACGGGAAAGCUUCUUGACAAGCUUACAAUCAAGGAGCUCGAGUUGGGAGACCAGUUUCCAGACAUCAAAUCCCUUUCUGUUCAGAACGUUGAGCUGGACAAAGGGGAGAAUCGUAUUGAGAACUUAGACCUGCUAUUGGAUAUAAAUUAUGUGGGAAACUUUUCCACUUCCAUCGAUGCCGACAUGGUCCUGGGCAAAAAGGGUUCUAUUAUGUUGAAAGUUAAACAACUGUCCGGCAUGGCGCGUCUGCAGUUCACAAGGAAACCUUACACGCAUUGGUCCUUAAGCUUCUUGGGUGACCCAGAACUGAUCCUCGAUAUUGAGUCCAAAUACCAGGGACGGCAGAUGCAGUCGAACAUCACCAACCUUAUCUCCAAUCAGAUUCGAAAAGCGGUGCGCAGGAAACACACUCUGCCAAACUAUAAGCUGCGGUACAAGCCGUUCUUUCACUGGACCGCCGAGGACGAGUCCAGUGACUGCGACAUCCAGCCAAACGGGCUGCUGACCGUCCGGGUGGUUGAGCUAUCGCGCCUUAUAUCCUGCCCCGAGAUGGGCGACACAUACUGCACCCUGACCUUGGCCCCAGUGCCCUUGAUUGAGGCUAACCAGCACGACAGUCGUCACGUUCUCAUUUCGAUGGAUGUGUUUAUACAUAAGGCGAAAAAUCAGCAGAUUGGCAUUGUCUUUAAACAGAACGCAAGCCAGGCAAUACACAUUGAAUCGGUAUUACCAAACACACCUGCCUGCAAAUCCAACCUGCAGGCUGGGGACGUCCUAGUAGCCAUCGAGGGAAAGCCCGUGACGACGAUCCAACAGAUUGCCAAGGUGGUCAAGACCUUACAGGCUACCGUCUUCAGUCUGCGCAUAGAACGGAUUAUUUCAGGCAUUAUCCGUAAUGAUGCAGUGCUUGAGGACCUGGACAGAUACGACGAUCUGUGUGAUUUACCCCUCCCCAACCCUCCGAAGUCCGACACCAUCGAACUCGGAUCUACUGAGCUGGUUCCCAGGUGCUUGACAUUUAAAUCCGGACUUGGUAGUACUCCUACGAGCUCUCCGAAGAAGUCUAACCUCAUUGCCAAAGCCAUUAAGAAAACCAUGAGCCGUGAAAGUGGCGACAAAGAAAAGGAUAGAGAAAGGGAUAAAGAAAAGGAGAAAGAUAGGGAAAGAAACAAAGCGGAGGAGCCGGAACAAAUAGGCGAGGAAGUCAAUUACUUUUAUCAGCAUUCGACUAUUGACUGCCCCUUUAGUCCAUUGAUCCAGAUGGACGACACGUGCAGCUUCCAGUUGGAUAAUAAUAGCCGUUUCCUCAACGUCUGUGUAUUUUCCAAGUGCGCCGGUGAAAGCAUAUUGUUGGGCUACAACAAUGUCCCGAUUAGCCAGGUCCUUGUAGAGUGCUCGGAAACGAGCCUAAACCAGUGCCUCCGACAAAUAGCUCUCAACCCAGCUACUCUGCAGGCUGCCAAAAUGCAUACUCUAUCCAAUCAGUCCGGAUUCAACCCAAACCUUUGUUUUGGGGACAUUCUUUUCGGUUUCUCUUGGAUAGGGAACCCCAACGUUAUAGUGGGCGGAUCCAAAUCUCCCUCCCCGACUAGAAACAUAUCGACAAGCGGAGACCAGGGCGGGCUAGAAAUCCACUUAUCGGAAACCAUGAGCAUGAAAUCAGCUAGUUCCAUGUCCGACACAACAGCUGUCUGGGGGUCGACUUCUGCUAUGGUUAUCCCUCGAGCACACAACUUUGUGAGAACUCAUUUCCAUCGAGCCACCCAAUGUGACUUUUGUGGCAAGAAGAUCUGGCUAAAGGACGCGAUGCAGUGCCAAGAGUGUUCCAUGUGCUGCCACAAAAAGUGCAUAGCGAAGUGCCAGAACGCCACAGUCUGUGGCCCGGUGGACUGCUCUGGAUCGGUACCAGCUUCGAUGCCAGCUGUAGCUCCAUCUGUUGUUACCAAGCCGGAGUUUACCAUCACUCAAGCGGAUAACUUAGAAGUUCUCGAUGAUCGAUCCAGUUCCGUCAUAGACGAUACAGCCGUAGAAGGGGCGGCCGGAGAACAAGCACAGGUCCAAUGUGCGACACGCAUGGACUUGCAUAGGUCGAGUCUGACGGGGAUGCUGGCGCAGGGAAUCAAAAGGCAGGCAAGCAACCUUGACAUUCCAGGCAUAGUGUCUUCACUGACGGGCAGUGGAGGCCUUCAAAUUAACUCAAGGAGCCUCCCCCCGAGUCCCCAACAUACGCCCUCGCGGAAAUCAUCGAUGGUUGAGGACCAGAACCCUUUUGAGAGGGUUACCCAGUACCUAGAGGCUCUUCCAUCUGAAUGUACUCUCUUAAACUUUGAUCAAGUCAUGGACAUUACAGAACCGAUCAUCCGACACACUCAAAACGAGGAUCUAAUGAACUUAGCCAAGACAUCUAGCAAGCAAUUGUAUGCGACCUCCCCAUCAGAUGAACGUGUAGCCAAGAUCAACGAACUGCUGAGCAAAAUAAGGGUAGCGCUGGACACGGAGACUGAGGGUUUCACCAUGAUGAAUAAUGCGGAAAAGACCACAGAGACGUCGCCAUGGAAGUCCGCGCCCAAUAUAGAGAAAAGUUCUGAUGACAGAGUCCAGGCACUCAGUAUUAUUAUGCUAUACCUGUGUACGGGGCUGCAACGUGCCCAGGAUGGGGUCCCGCCAUAGGCUUAUCCACAGGCACUGACGAACUAGGUGUAUUCACAUUUUUAUUAUUUUUAAGUAGACUGUAGACUGGAAAUGUAAAUUUAUGGCCAUUUUAAAUCCGUGUUGUGGAAUACUCACGCAAAAGUAUUUUUUAGCCAAGUAUUCUUAGGUAAUAUUCCUGGGUGAAACUAAGUACUGAGAAACUAAGUACUUUUAAAUUAUCAGUCAUAUUUAAAAUACAUAUGUCCGUCUAUCUGUUUUAAGAAAAGUAUCUGCUUAUGUGUCAGAAAUAAUUUUAGUUUAUAAGUUCCAAAGAAGACAACCAUUAGAACGCGGAAGAAAGCGAAUUUGGCACACUAUCCUCGAGUACCGCGUACAUAACAGUCGAAACACUCGACUUUAGCGGUUUUUACUUAUUUAAAUAUUUACUCGUUUGUUCCUAUCAAAGUAAACGCUUUGUCAGUUGAAAAAAUGUACAUAUAAGAUACGGGGUACAUUACAAAUCUAUAUUUACAUAGUCUUUUAAAAUCGUUUUGACCAAUAAAAGCGUUAAAUCUCAAA